GUUCCGGAAAGCUUUAGCACAAAUGUAAUGUGGUUUAUUUUAACUGUGAAAGUUGGAGGCAGCAAUUUUUCACUAGGGCGUGUCCUGAGAAGGCCCGCCCACACGGUUUUGCCGUCGUUGCGCCAGUCAGCCGCGCGCGCCCAGUGUGACUGCACCCUUACGGAGCUAGCGCCCGUGUGACCGCCGCUUUACCGUGCUCCGACGUCGGCGUCGACAGUGUAGCGAGUGGGGUUCGGUGCUGAAAAGUUCGGAAACGUUGCGGGGUUCAACAUGGAGUGAUACCGGUUUCAAUGACAUCGCUGGCCAUGGAGGGGUUCCUUCACCACAUGGCGCCUCAGUUCCUGCACCCCGCGCUGCAGGGCUUCGGCUGCGGCGCGUUCCGUCCGAUAGGGGGCGCCUUCCACCCCCUGUACCCGGGCAAGGCCUUCGCCAGACAUCUGGGCGAGCAGUACGCGCUCGGACAGAGUGUCGGACAAGCUUUACGGAGCGUCCGUGACGACACGAGCACGCCGCCGCUGUACCGGCACGGCUACGGCGCCCGGGACGACACCAGCUCGCCCGGGUCCGCCGCGUCAGCCUCGCCGCGCCCCUGCAAGGAGGACGAGCCCACGCCGCCGCAGUGUACUGACUCGCACGACUUCUUCUCACCGGACGGCGAGCGCAAGUCGUCUUGCGGCGUGUGCGGCGCGCGGCUCGGGCCGGGGGUCGCGCAGGCGCACUUCCUGCAGGAGCUGCAGCACCUGUACUCGCUGAGCGCGCUGCCCCGGGAGCCGGCCGCGCCGCCGCCGCACCCGCAUCAUCACCAGGACGAGGACGCGCGCUGGGAGACGUAUCAGCGCAUCCGAGCCAACCGGCAGCGUCGGCUCAAGCUCCGCACCCGCAAGCGUCACCACACCGUGGAGAGUAUGCUGGGCUAUGAGUUAGACGACGACACGCCACGACGGCCCGAGGACCGCCCGGUGUAUGACACCGAGGACGAGCCCGUGGAUGUGGAGGGCGACUCGCUGGGCUGGCCGGACGCUAAUAUACAUGUGGAAGACAAGGAGCAGCCUCGGCAAGAGACGGAGAAGCCGCACGCGAGCUACUCCGAGGACCUGGAGAUCUCCAGCACCAACGACAACCUGCAGGGACCCGACCGCAUGAGGAUGGAAACGCCAAAGCCUCUGUCGCUGGAAUGCCCAACCAAGCUGCCUGAGGGGCCGGAGCGUCCCGCCGACGUGACGACGUCCGAGCCAUGGCCGGCCAGCGUAGCGGGCGCCACCCCCCUGGCCCCGCCCGCCGACACCUGGCCAGCCCUGGCCGACCCCUACCUCCACGUCACUCGCCACAAGCUGGACGGAGAGAACCAGCCCUCUUCCACCGACUCGCGCAAUUGAAAAGCCGACAGGGAUACUUUUUGCAUUGCUGAUGAGCCAUUCAGGAGUUGGGCUCGGCCGAUUUGAAUGGGAAUGAGACAUCCUGUCCUAGGUGACCUGAGGGAUCUAGGUCAUGCGACAAUUUGUCGUUCACCUAGUAGUACACGCGUUUAUUAAGUACUUAAAUGUGUGUAUUGUGCUCUAAAGGUUUGUCAAAGCUGAUGCAAAAAAUAUCCCGUUGUGAGAUUAUUAAAUCGAUCGUGAAUCUAUUUCAAUGGUAACGUUACAAAAGGAUGCUUACUAAUGUUUAACUUUGUGCAAUAUUGUAAAAAUAUUAUUCAUUGCCCUACUGUAAAUGAUAUUAUUAUGGUCAUAUAUAGUUUAGGACAUAAUUACUUACAUAAUUAGUCUAAUUACUAAUAAAUGUGAUUUAAAAUUGCAUUAAGUAAACAAAUAAUAUGAAAUGGUUAGUAAUGUAAAUACAAGUUAUAAUAUCAUAUUAUUUUGUGCGGUCAUCUUCAUAAGUAGCUAAAAACUAUUGUACCUUGUCAAAAUACCUCCAUAACAAUUAAUCUUGAAUGAAUAUAGGCAGUUUGUGAGAUUGACAAGGUGUAUUAUACAUAAUAUAGCUAUUAUGAAGCUGACUAUACAUAUACAUACUAAUUAACAUUGAAAACACGAAUCGUUUAUUCAUGGAAUAAAAUAAAAUAUAAUCGUGGUUAGGUAUUUAAGUGUACUUAAUCGAAAGUUUUAUUUAGCACUACCUACUCGAUAUCGGCACCUUAAUAUUUAUAAUGUUACCUUUUUUUAACAAAAUCAAUGUCCUCAAAUGUAUAUUCAUCUCCUACACUAUGGGCUAACAUAAGUAGAUUACCGAAUUUUUAUGUUAGGUACAUUUUUGAUCUAAUACUAGUAAAACCUGAAAAUUAACUAUCUGUGGGUGAAAAAUAGCUUCAUAGACACGCACGACCCAACCGAUCUAGGUACCCUCUUCUCCUAACUACCAGGAUUAUAUACAAUACUGUCUUUAAAAAAUAAUUUACCUAAGUAGGUGUGUUUUACAGGAGGUAGUUAUUUUGGAAAAGUUAAAGUAUGCUCGGUGGAACAUUUCAUUCGUGGCGUACUAAGUUCGUAAAUGAUCCAUGAUCUUUAUUAAUUUAUAAUCUUUUGCAAGAAUGUUAUAAAUGUACUUAACUAACUUAACUGUAAUAUUAUAAAUGUAUUCUAUAGGUAGGUAUAUAUAUAUUAUCUAUGUAAAUUUGUUGUUUUUAGAUUAAUACCUAGAUAAAUAUUAUUUAAUAUUAUUUCAUAAAAUCUAUUAAGUUUGUUUCUAUAACCCUGUGCAUACAUUUUGAAUUACUAAUAAAGUGUAUUGAAUGUCUAACUGCCUUAAAUUAAUAAAUACUUAUUCCAAAUUCCACUUUCACGAAAUGAGACUUAUUGGUGUAGUGUAAGUUUAGAUCAUGAAAUAUCUAUUGAAAGAAAACAAAUCUGAUGUCAAUA